AUGGAUCCCCGCAAAGUGAGUGAGCUUCGGCAGCUUCGGGUCUUCAUGAAAAUGUGUAGGCAGGAUCCCAGCAUUCUGCAUACUGAGGAAAUGCGCUUCCUGAGGGAGUGGGUGGAGAGCAUGGGAGGUAAAAUACCACCUGCUACUCAUAAAGCCAAAUCAGAAGAAAAUAAGGAAGAAAAAGUAGAUAGUAAGAAGGUGGAGGAGGAAGACAUAAAGACAGACGAACUGUCAAGUGAGGAAAGUGAUCUAGAAAUUGACAAUGAGGGUGUGAUUGAAGCAGACACUGAUGCCCCUCAGGAAAUGGGGGAUGAAAAUGUAGAGAUAACCGAGGAGAUGAUGGAUCAGGCAAAUGAGAAAAAAGUGGCUGCCAUUGAUGCCCUAAAUGAUGGUGAGCUACAGAAAGCCAUUGACUUGUUCACAGAUGCCAUCAAGCUGAAUCCUCGCUUGGCCAUUCUGCAUGCUAAGAGACCCAGUGUCUUCAUCAAAUUACAGAAGCCAAAUGCUGCCAUCAGAGAUUGUGACAGAGCUAUUGAAAUAAACCCUGAUGCAGCUCAGCCUUAUAAAUGGCGAGGGAAAGCACAGAGGCUUCUGGGCCACUGGGGAGAAGCAGCCCAUGAUCUUGUCCUUGCAUGUAAAUUGGAUUACGAUAAAGAUGCUAGUGCAAUGCUGAAAGAAGUUCAACCAAGGGCCCAGAAAAUUGUAGAACAACGGAGAAAGUAUGAGCGGAAACCUGAAGAGUGAGAGAUCAAAGAAAGAAUGGAAAGGGUUAAGAAGGCUAGGGAAGAACACGAGAGAGCCCAGAGGGAAGAAGAAGCCAGAUGACAAUCAGGAGCUCAGUAUGGCUCUUUUCCAGGUGGCUUUCCUGGGGGAAUGCCUGGUAAUUUCCCUGGAGGAAUGCCUGGAAUGGCAGGAAUGCCUGGGCUCAAUGAAAUUCUCAGUGAUCCAGAGUUUCCUGCAUCCAUGCAGGAUCCAGAAGUUAUGGUGGCCUUCCAGGAUGUGGCUCAGAACCCGGCAAAUAUGUCAAAAUAUCAGAGCAACCCAAAGGUUAUGAAUCUAAUCAGUAAAUUGUCAGCCAAAUUUGGAGUCAAGCGUAAUACCCUUCUGACAGAUAAAGCCCUUGCUGAAGGAAAAGGAACUUGGAUCACUCAAUGGAUGUCGCAAUAAUACAAACCAGUGCACCUCUGACCU